AGAAAAAAAAAAGCGGAAAUGUUGACCCGGAAGCAGAAGCUUGCGCAGCGAGGCACGUUUUUCUCCUGUAGCAGCAUGGACUGCAGUCGCGGUUGUGUGAUCAGAUGUCUGUAGAGAUGGUGGAGGUCUCAGUGAAAGCAGCCGCGCCGGCCCGGCCGGCCGGGGUCCUGCAGCAGAACCGCGUCUUUCUCGACUUCUUCUGGGACUUGGCUAAACCGGAUCAGGAGGUUCGGUUGAAGGCGAUAGAAGACCUCAUCAAGUACCUGAAAACCAACAACAAGGCAGAUGAGUUGGAAUACACGUUUAAAAGGCUGGUGGAUGGACUGGCUCACAUCCGAGAGGCUGCCAGGCCUGGAUUCAGCCUGGCACUGGGACAGGUCCUGAGUGCCUUUGAAGACAUCUCUUUGCAGACUGUACUCAACAGAAUCAAAGAAAAGCACAAUUUGCAGACGGUGAAAAAGAAACUGGUCAGAAGUGCAUUGUUUGGAAACUUGUUUGGCGUCCUUGCUCUUCAUCAGUCUGGCCGCAUCUCUACGGAGCCGCAGGUGGUGCUGGGAUGUGUGCAGCUCCUCCAGAGCCUCAGCCAGCACAGGCAACACCUGAAGGACCUGCCCACCAAGACCAUGACAGACAUCCUCAAUGAGAUCUCAGAGGAGGUGUUUGAGGAGGUCCUUCUCAGCGCCCUGCAAACUGACCUGGCGUCAGCCUUCAGUACACCGGAGCAGCUGCAGCUGCUGCUGGUGGCGCUGCAGCGCUUCCCACAAACCCUCAAGCCCAAGAAACUCAAGAAGCUGCUGGGCUCCACAACCAUCAUCAACGCAGACAACAUCCCUAAAUUGACGGAGGUAAUGAAGAUGGCCGCCCAGUCAGUGAAGAAGGAGUGCGUCCUUCCAGCGGUGGUCCUGGACCUCCUGAAGCUCUCUCUCAAGGAAGACAGCUUCCAGCUCUUCUGGAAUAACGCCAUCAUCAACGGCAUGUUGAAGGAGCAGCCAGGGCCAGCACAUUACCUGAGCUUCCGUCUGCUGGGAAGUGCCCUGCCUCUCCUGUCUCUGGCCCAGCUGAAGGAGGUGUUGUCUGGAGAGGCGAUGACGCUCUACGGGGAGCACGUGGUGUCUGCUCAGAAACCGGACCGCUUCAAACUGGCCCCAGAGAUGGACACCUACGUGUCGGACUUCUUGCAGGCCUGCCAGGAUCCCGACAAACAGCUGGCAGUGAUGGUGGGCUUCUCCUCGCUAACCAACCAGGGCUACCCCGUUGUGCCGUCGGUGUGGAGGGUGGUGCAGCACCUGCAGCCGGUAGCUCUGCAGCGCUACGUGGACUGGCUGAAGAAGAUGUUCCUGCAGCCUGAGCUGGACAAACUGCUGGACUUUAGCACUCGCAAGCAGAAGGACAAUCAGGAAGGAAAGGAACAGAAGGAGAACUCCAUAUUCCGCCUGAGGAAGUGGACUGUUGCUCGGCUCUCCUCCAUCAUUGAUAACCACCAAGUGAAGAGGCAGGAGGAUCUCAUCAUGGACAUCGCCAGGUUUGUUUUCUUCCACGCUUUCUUCAGUGCCAAGAAGGCUUCAGCCGACAUCCCAGAGACAACCGAGAAGCUUUCUGUCCCACUGGAUGAUAGAACAAGAGGAGUGCUCAUCAAUUCUUUCUUUGGGCUCCUCCUGUCCAUGCACCACCUGCCGCAGACGGAAGACUCUUCUGAAGACGCCGCCGUCAACCAAAAGCGGCCGCUGGGUGUAACAGCCGAUGGCACCAUGUGGAUCUACCACCUGGUCCAGUACGCCCAAGUCCUGCUUAGCCAGCCAAAACACGCCCAGAGCAGCAAGCCCUUCAGCCCUGAGCAGAGACAGGCCUGGGACAGUAUGCUGGAGUCGGUGUCAAACCUGAAGAAGAAGGCAAAGAAAGGCCCUACUGCAGAAAACACAGCCUUCCAGCAGCUCUUCCUGUUGGUCGGCAUGCACUUCUUCAAGGCCCCUGAAGAGCUGCUGGACAUCAUGAAGGACCUGCAGAGCUGUGUGGACAAAGCUCAGGAGAAGAAGGCCAAGAAGAAAAGGAAGAAAACAGGUGUCACAGAGCAGGGGGAGGAGCCUGAGUGGGUGGAGGUGAUGGUGGACAUCCUGUUGUCCCUGCUGUCCCAGCCAAGCCGACAUAUCCGACAGGUCUGCAAAACGGUCUUCUCCUCCAUCUGCCCCAACGUUACUGCAGCAGCCCUCACCGCCAUCUUAGAUGUCCUGGACCCAGAGAAGGAUGAAGAGGACAGCGCUGUGGUCGUCACUGAUGACAACAAAACCCAGAAGAAACCAGACGAGGAAGAUGACGAAGACGAUGAGGAGAUGGAGGAUGAAAAGUCUGACGGAUCAGACGAUGAGGAGGACGACGAUGAUGAUGAGGACGACGAUGAGGACGAAGAUGAUGAAGAUGGGGACGACAAUGAAGCGAUGGAGGAGGAAGAGGAGGCGAUGGAGGAGGGAGAGGUGGACCAAAGCUUCCGUUUGGAGCUGAUGAAGGUCCUGCAGCAGCAGAACGCUCUGGCAACAGAGGAGGACGGCAGUGAUGAUGAAGAUCUGGAUGAUGAAGCCAUGAUGGAGCUGGAUAAGAGCCUGGCUGCACUGUUCUCAGAGCAGAAGAAAAAGACUCAGGCCAAGAAGGACGAAAAGACGAAAAUACAGAAAGAGAAGACGCUGGUCCGAGACUUUAAGAUCAAGGUGUUGGACCUGGUCGAGGUGUUCGUGGCCCGGCAGGCUGGCAGUCCUCUUGUGCUGGGUUUGGUUGAGCCUCUGCUCAACAUCAUCGACCGAGGAAUGAGCUCCGACAGCGACCAGCAGGAGCAGGACUUCCUCCGCCGAGCUGCCGACAUCUUCAGGAACCAGCUGUGCAGGUCUAAGGUUUACUGCAGGACUGUUGGUGACAGACAGGGGGAGCUCCAUGACCUGCUGGACAAACUCAUGACUAAAACCCAGAAACUAUCAGACUCCUCCGUCUCCCUCUACUACUUCAGUGCUUCUCUGUACGUGGUGAAAGUGCUGCGAGGAGCCCCACCUGCUGAGACCAAAGACGACAAGGCGGAAGCAAUUGACUUGAGGUUCAUGGGAAAUGUGGACGUGGAUCGGGUCUCCGCCGUCUUCAGAGAGGCGCUGAGCUCCUUCCUGAGCAAGAGGAAGAGCCCUCUGACCACACAGAUGUUCACAGACUUGUUCAACAGAUUCCCAGUUUUGUGCGUGAACCUCUUGGAUGCAGCGACACAGCACAUCACAUCUGCGGUCCGAGUGCACCAACAGGGCCAGGCGUGUGUGCUGGUGUUGCGGGCGAUGCAGAGCAGGGAUGUUCAGCAGCUGCUGAGUGGCGCUCCAUGGACGGAGCUCUGUGUGAAGGUUACGGGUCAGCUGGCAACGAGUCUUCAGCAGGUCGGUGAAACAGAGAGCAAGGUGAUAAAGGAGAAGGUGUUGAAAACCCUGGAGCUCUGUCAGUUCCUUGUCAAGCAUGUUCACCAGCAGAAGCUGUCUGUGGACCUGGAGCCCCUUAAGAAAGUCCUGCAGUCCCUCACCAGCGUGAUCACUUUCAAGAAGACCGGGAAGCUAGAGGACACCUACUGGGCCGUGAUGAAACACUUCGGAGUCACGAAACCCAAAGUUGAAAAGACGAAGCCUGACAAGAACGCUGAGCAACAGCAAGUUUCCAAGAAGAAGAAAGGUUUUCUACCGGAAACCAAAAAGCGUAAAAAGCGCAAGAAUCCUGUUUUAGAGCCAGCAGGAGAAAAGCUGACGUCCACAGACAAACCGGGAGCAGACAAAGGACAAGCCAAAAAGAAACAUGACAAGAAGACAAAACAGAAACGACAGGCCGAUGGCGCGACUGCUUCUCAGCCCAGCCCAGCCAAGAAAAGCAAAACACUGUCUGAGAACAAGCAGGCCAAGAAGAAGAAGAAGAAACCUAAACAGAAGAAAGAAGGAGGAGGGAAAAUGUAAAGUGGACAUUUCUAUUUAAAUGUUAAUUUCUUUUUAAAGAGGCUGCGUUUGGUCUGUUGAUUUUCUACUGUCCCUGGUUCAAAAGAAGAUUGUUUUGUUUCAGUAUGAGAUAUUAUUAUACAUAUUGAAAACUAAAUGUGUGAGAAGUGAAUUGAUACGGAUUAUUUUUCUAACAUGUGACUAUUGAUUAGAAAAACAAUAAAUUAAUUUCUCUUCUUGAAAAUCCA